GCGACCCGACGGCGCGGCGUGGAGGUACGAUGCGGUUGAGGAGCCGUCCCCGAGGAGCGAGAGCCACCAGACUAGCUGCCUGCAACUCUGAAAACUUCAUUUUGGAAGGAAAGCCGGGGGCCGAGAUGGAUCUAAUGCAGCUUUUGUUUAAAUCAAAAGGCACUGCCUCCAUUUUUUUUUCAUUCGAUGAGUGUGAGGGCGUUUGCAAGGUCGGCUGUAAGAACGAUUAGGAGGAAAAAGUAAUACUUAAAAUGAAAGUUUUAAGUGGAAUUACAUAGUUAAUCUUUCAGGACAUGAGUGUCGUACAGUUCAAAGCAAGGGUUUCAAACUAAAAUCAGCUUCUUUGUUAAUCUGCAGGAACUCGAAUGGGAGUUGUAAUCACCUUUCACUUGGAGUUCCACUUAAGAAUGAUUAAGCUCAAAAUCUUUUUGUUUACAACCUGUAUGAGAAAAAAAUUGUGAAAUUGAUGUUAUCUUUCUUGUAGUUUUCAACUGUCAGCAACAUUUUUCCUUAAUAGCUUUAGACAUGUCAAAGACCAAAGAGUCACGUCGGUCUGCCUGGGGCAGAAUUCACAUCCCACCCUGGCGAACUUUGCCGAAGCUUUGAACAAGGAAGAUGGUGUAUUCAAAUAUGCAUGACAUGAUUUGAGACCAUACAGUAUACAGAUCAAAUGUGCCAGGAUUAUUCAUAUCUUGUACAUAUUUUCUUGCAGAGCUAUAUGUUCCCCAAAAGGUGAUGAUGUUGCAUUAGCUGGCUGCUGACAUAUAUAGUAAAAAGUUUUGUAGUUAGAUUUAGCAAGACUCCCACUAAUUUAAUCUUGAACUAUGUCAAGUUACCAUCCAUUUAUGGUUUUAGAUAAAUUACAUGACUAUUUUGCUCUUCUAGAAUGAAUUGUGAAUAAGCCCAUUGUCUCCCUAUGUUAUAGGAAAUGAAAGUAACUGUGGAGUGGAUUGAAUUGAUAGCUAGGGUGCAUAGCUGGUCUUGUCACACAGUGUCUACAAUGGAAUAAUGCCAUUUCAUAGAAAAAUUGGUAGUUCUUCUGUAAGACUCCUUAGAAUGGCAGUUAUUACUGUGAAGAGCGAUUUUGUAAGAAAUAUGUAUUAAAAGAGAUUGCUGUUGUGAGAUCCCAUCCAACUGUAAUGGGUGUACCUCUACCAAAGGUAUCCUAAUAGUCCCCAAACAUACUGGAUAAAAUGGUGUUUUGGUUCUGUGUUUGGCAGUCCACAAUGAUUUGUUCGGAGUUGCAGUCUUGUUACCAGCUGAAGACAGAACAGGGCUCAUUCUUUCUCAUUUAAAUUGAAACAAAAUCAGGGAAUAAAGUCCACUGUGUAGGGUGUUCAGUAACUUUAAUGUAUCCAGUGUUAAAGACUGAAAUAACAUGCAGAUGUCCUGAAAUUGGUCCAUCAUCUUUGUUACGGAUUGCUUUACUUAAAUUCUUGGCAUGUUUUAGUACAUUCCUGUGCUGAUAUUCUUUCUCUCACCUAUUGAUUGCUAAGUAACAGAAGGCAUCCUUUUAAUAUUACUUAAAUUAGGAACACAGGACUGAAGACAUGAAAGAGUGGGUCAUUGAGUCAGUGCUGUUGUAGCAAGCAUCAGUGUCAUCAGAUCAUCCCUUUAAUAAGCUAUAAACUAGCCAGAACUGUGUGCUGAUUAUUCAUACACUGAUUGGGUUCACUUCUGGAUUAAAUGAAUGCUAAUAAUCAAGAAAAUUAACCUCAUAAUAAAUAUACUGGGUAUUAACAGGUGAUUACUGGGCAUCUAUAUGUGACUCAGUUUUUCUAAAUGCCUUGCAAGUUUUUACCAGUUGUUCUGGCUUUUUUUCAAAAUUGCUUGCCAAUAAGGAUGCCACAUUGUAAAGAUAUCUGAGAUAGAUUUUUGGUAUGGAAGAAACCUUUAUGCUGGCAAUAUGUUGGCUGACUUCCCUGACAGCUUCUUGUUUGAGCUGUGUUGUUAUGCACAUCAGUGUAAGACUGAGCAGUCAGAUUUGUGAAUUUUGGCUUUUUGUCCACACAGAUUCUGAAGAACGCAUUGAACAAAUGAUUUUCUCGCUCAUUGACAGCAUGCUGCUAAAGGUUAUGCUUUGUGACAUAGAUCUCCAAAAGAAACAGAUCUGACUCAUGGCACCUACAUUAGUGAAUGAAGUGUUUUGGUAGCAAAGAUAAAAGCGUGCUGCUUCUUUGGUCAUUCUCAUUUGAGUUUGAUAAGCCUUUCUUUCUGGUCAUCUGAGAUGAUGUGCUGUAAAGAAAAUUGUUUUGUUUUUCAACAAGAGAGAAUGUAAGCGUAAGAGACGGGUUUGUUCGUGUUUACUUAUUUGCUCAUUUUUAUGUAUUUAUUUCAGUGGAGAAUAGUUUGGGGUGUUUUUUUUGGUUUGGGUUUUUUUUUUGCAGCAACUGUAGAAUUAUCUAGUCCUUUCUUUGGGGGAAGAAAGUUUCUAUAUUCAUGCCUUUCUGUCUUGCUUUCUGCACAUACUUAUCCUCUGCUCUGUUGUUGAUUAUCCAUGUUCUUGAAAUCCUUCCUGACUUGUGUAUGUUACAAGAGUGAGGAUUAGUAAAUAAGACUGUAAACUAGCUCCCUGGGACACUAGCUCGUAAGUAUUACCACAAUGCAUGUAAACAUUGACAAAACAGGACUGGCCAAAUGAAAUAGUUUUCUCAGAUUAAUGGAGAAUCCCACAGACUCUUUAGGAAAAACACUGACGGCAAUGUGGUUUGGUUGAUUCACUUGAGAUUUAGGCAGUAGCACCUUGUCGUGUUAUUUUUCCGUAAGUAUAUCAAAAGCUGUGGCUUGGAUUCUCCCGCUAUUAAAUGAGAAAAAAAAAAAUACAGCUGAGCUCACAGAGACAUCAAAAGUGUUGAUUGCUGCAACACCCUAAAGAUAUGUUAGUAUGAUGAAAACCAACACAGACUUCUUCUGCGUUAAACAUAAUUGUGAUUCUUUCCUAGUCUGAUAACUCUAGACUACACUGCUCAAAAAAAAAAAAAGAGUAAUUCAACCACUCUUACAGGUUUUAAUUGGUAGAUUAGCUAGCGGUAGGCUAGCAUUUAUCACAUAAAUAGCUGCAAACUUUUUGUAUAGAAACAGCAAAAUUCUUCCGUAUCUCAGAUAAGGUAUGUCAGGCUAUUGUAGUCAGCAUUUCUAUUUCACCACUCUGUGAAUAUAUGUAUGCAUGCUAUAUGUGUUUGUGUGUGCGUAUAACUGUUUUCAUGUCUUAAAAGGACUUAUGUUCAGUGUCAUUUUUCUAGAUGAAUAUGGAGGGCACUGUGGAUUUAUGAGUUAUAUACAUUGAAGAGUAACUGUUCCCAAACCUCAGUAUUCUGUUGUCUCAGAUUUUAACAGCGAUUUAUAGGUCAUUAAGUUGAAGGACAAUACUUCCAUUGUUUGAUAAUCUGGUUACUUUGUGUGUCUGGCUUCAUCAAAGAGAUUCUUGUAUUUCAGAGCCCAGUAUGUUCUGUGCUUGUCUUCAAAACUUGUUAAGUUUGACUUUACACUAUCUCAGAAAAAUAAAUCAGUUUCAAAUUCCUAAUUUGAUACAACUUUCCCAGAAGAAUUGGCCCUUUUUUCAUAAUCAGAUACUUGUGCUAUGUAACCCUGCAGUGAAGGGAAACCUUGCUGAUGGCAGCAAUCUGUUAAAGUGUCAUUUACCUGGGCUCUCUGGCAUCUAGCCCAGGGGUGUGGUUUGCCGAACUACUACUUUUAAAACUGAAACAUUAGUUGUUCCUUUACAAUGGUUUAUCUUGCUGCAUUAAGUUUGUCUUGGUUAAGGCUUGUCUACGUCACAGAACUUUACUUUGGGAAGCAACAGAAGCCAGUACUGGGAAAGGAUUUACAUUUGCCCCCAAGUUUCCCUAGCAAUUUCACAGCAGUACCUGUGGAGCAGAAGGAAGGUGAUUUCCCCAAGUUUAAUAAAAUUAAGUUUUCUUGGUACUGGGUAUGAACUCCUCUGUACUUUCUUUCACUCUGUCUCUUGCAUUUCCAUCCUGAUAAAUGAUACAGGUGACCAUUCCAAAUAUGUUUUCCCUUUCUAAGAUAGUAUAUAUUAAAUGGAGAAGACACUUGUGUUUAAUGGUGUUUUUUCAUGACUACUAAUUUGUGGUUCUUCCUCACUUACUGUUGCUGGGAAUGGGCUUGAGAAAUAUUUGGAGGAUCCUGUUAGAGGUUUUCUUGAGGUAUAAGUAGGUAAUAUCUGACUGAAUGAAGGCUGUUAAUGGGUUGUCUUUGCCAAAUAGGAUGGGAAUGAGUUGGUCAAAAUAAUGUGUGUUGUGUUCCGCUAUUUGUUCCCUGCUCUUGCUUGUUGGUAACUUGUUGAAUAAAAUGAGAUAGGAAUGUAAUGGUGCACUGUUCAUUUUGGAUACAUAGUUAAAGCUCUGAAAAGAUUCAUUUUCAUUCUGAAAAGUCUUCUUUCUUGCUUCCCCUUCUGCCCACUAUGGAGGAAACGUUUUGGUUUAGCCAUUAAAGGUCACGUAAACUUCAAGGAUGUUUCAUAUAAGUGAAAUGUGGUGCUAUCACUGGAAAUGGAAGCUGCAGCACUGUCUCUGCUUGUUUACCACGUAUAUUAUAUGUAUGCAGCAAGCAGCUCAUGGAUGCUAUGACUGUAGGAUCGUGCUAACUGACCCCUCUGGAGUUUUCACUUCUCCAUGCUUCCCCAGUGAUUAUCCCAACAGCCAAGCAUGCAAAUGGAUCAUCCGAGCACCUCAUGGAUUCAUCAUACAGCUAACAUUCACCGAUUUUGACAUUGAAGAAGCUCCAGGCUGUAUUUAUGAUUCACUAACGUUAGACAACGGAGAGAGCCCGAUGAACCUUUGUGGCAUCACUGCCAAAGGAUUAUCGUAUAAUUCUACUGGAAAUGAAAUGAUUGUGUCUUUUAAAAGUGACUUUAGUAUCCAAAAGAAAGGUUUUAAUGCCAGCUAUAUACGAAUUGCUGUGUCUCUGAGGAAUCAGAAGGUCAUCAUUCCCCAGGUUCCCGACGUUGACACUGUGUCUGUGGCAGAUGCUGUCUCAAUCCCAGAGCUUAGCCAGUUUACACUGUGCUUUGAAGCAACGAAGGGCAGCAGCGAUGACAAUGAUGACUGGAAGGUUUUCUCCUACAGUAACGCCUUGUCAACAGAAUUCUUCAGCUUUGGAAAGACCGCAAAAGGCCAUUUUCUGUCGAUCUCAGGCAUCGAAUGCAUACUUGAGAAUGUGCUGCCCCGAAAUGCAGAGUUUUUCACAGGAACGUUUGAACAGCUCUGUGUUGUAGGGGAUAGCUUCUCGGGCAGUAUAGGUGUAUAUGCCAAAAGAACCUAUCAUAGAAUAUACUGUCCAGGUAUCUUUGGCAAAGUUAUCCCUGGAAAUGGGAGACUGGUGCUGGGUUCUAACAGCAAUGAAAUAAGCUCGCUAAAUGGGGACAUUUACAACUUCCGCCUUUGGAAUUUCACCAUGAAUGCGCAAGCACUGGCCAACCUCAGCUGUGAUGUGAAAGGAAACAUUGUCGACUGGGAAAAUGAAUUCUGGAGUAUUCCAACUUCAGCACUGAAAGCUGAAAACAAUUUGAGUUGUGGCUCAUACCUAAUUCCCUCUUCUACAAUUGAACCAACAAGUUGUGCAAACCUGGGAAGCCUUUGCCAAGCUACUGUAAAUGCUACUACUCCUACACCACCCAUUGUCACCACUAACAUGCCCGAUACUAAUAGAACCGAUAAGCCAAACAAUGGUGGGCUAUUCUACAGGAUAUCUAUAACUGUCUUUAGUUUAAACCCCAACCCAGCAUCAAAAGUACACGAUGCGGUUGCAAGAUGGCUAAACCAUACUUUCCAGGAUUGGAAUUACACUGUGUAUGUGGUCAAUAUCAGCAUCCAACCUGGCCCCAUAAAAGAGGGAGUAAGAGAUAAACGAAGCAUUGACAGUCAAAGUUUUGGGGUUUUGGCUCUUCUGGUUUAUAAUUCUACUAACAACAUCAAUUUAGAAGAGCAAGACAUCCGCCAGAAGCUCAUAAGUAAUAACGGGUCCAUAGCAGAUGGAUUUAGGCUUCAAACUGUGGAUGUUGAUCCAGUGGAAAAAUGUUUGGCUGAAGAAAACCCUCCAAACUAUUUUUGGCCAGAUACCAGACCCACUGUGACCAACUAUACAUUUUGCCAUGGGAGCUCAGUUCAGAUUGCAUCAAGAACUUGCUAUUUGGGUCUGCAGAAUUAUACAUCAUACUGGGGCCAACCCGAUCUGAGAAAUUGCACAGAAAAUGCAGCUGAUAUUGCCAGUCAGCUUUUGAAUCUCACUGGUGAAGGGCAGCAACUAACUUCAGACAAAGUAAAUGAUGUUGUCCAGAAGCUCAAAAAAAUUGUGAACGAUGAAAAAAUUGAUGAAUCGCUGGGUUCUACCGUGGUGACAAUUUUUUCCAAUAUUCUAACAAGUUCAGACAGUGUAUUGGCCGCAUCAUCUUCAGAAGCUCUAAAAACUAUUGAUGCCUUGGCUCUAAAGAUCCAGUUCACUGGGCCAUCCAUGAGCAUUUCAACACGAAACCUUGCACUUGGAGUGUCUUCCAUAAACUCAACUUCAUUCAAAGGUUCUUCUUUUAGUGUCAGUCCACAGAAUAAUGCAUCUGAUUUUCAGAUAGAUUUUGACAAGGAUCAGACAAAUGCCAUUGCUUCUGUUGUUCUGCCAUCAAGUUUACUGAAGAAUUUAAGUCAAGAUGAGUUUGAAGUUAUAUCCAGGGCUCAAUUUACUUUCUUCAAUAAAAAUGGUCUUUUCCAGGAUCCAGAAACUCCUGCCAACUUGACCAGUUUUGUGGUGGCAUGCAGUAUUGGAAACAUAACAAUUCAGGACCUUCAGGAUCAUGUGAAGAUUACAAUUAGGCAUACCAAAGUUCAGGAAGAUCCUAAGCCUACCUGUGUCUUCUGGGAUAUGAACAAAAAUGGUGGUAAUGGUGGUUGGAACCCUACGGGCUGCAAGGUGCAUGCAGAAUCCAAUGAGAAUGAGACAAUUUGCUUAUGCAACCACCUCACACACUUUGGGGUCCUAAUGGAUCUUCAGGGAACAGCUACACAAAUAGACUCGCAGAAUACCAAGGUCCUCACCUUUAUCACUUACAUAGGCUGUGGGAUAUCUGCCAUAUUUUCAGCUGCAACUCUUCUGACAUAUGUUGCCUUCGAGAAGCUGCGAAGAGAUUAUCCAUCAAAAAUCCUGAUGAAUUUGAGCACAGCCUUGCUCUUUCUUAACCUGAUCUUCUUGCUUGAUGGCUGGAUUGCAUCAUUUGGCAUAGAUGGCCUCUGCAUAGCUGUUGCCUCCCUUUUGCACUUUUUUCUUCUGGCCGCCUUUACAUGGAUGGGACUAGAAGCCGUUCACAUGUACAUUGCUCUAGUAAAAGUAUUCAACACAUAUAUACGGCGAUAUAUACUGAAGUUUUGCAUCAUUGGCUGGGGUUUGCCUGCUCUAGUGAUAGCAAUUGUUUUAGCAAGUGCAAAUACAAACGCAAGUCAUGUUUAUGGCAAAGAAUUAUACGGCAAAGAUGCUAAUGGGCAAGGAGGAGACGAUUUCUGCUGGAUCAAGAAUGAAGUUGUCUUUUAUGUGACUUGUGCUGGUUACUUUGGCAUCGUGUUUCUGAUGAACAUUGCCAUGUUUGUUGUGGUGAUGGUGCAGAUCUGUGGGAGGAAUGGGAAAAGAACUAAUCGGACCCUAAAAGAAGAGAUCCUGAGGAAUCUCCGUAGUGUUGUCAGCCUGACCUUCCUCUUGGGCAUGACAUGGGGCUUUGCCUUUUUUGCCUGGGGUCCCUUAACUCUCCCUUUCCUGUACCUCUUCUCAAUUUUCAAUUCAUUGCAAGGUUUAUUUAUAUUUGUUUUCCAUUGUGCUAUGAAAGAAAACGUGCAGAAACAAUGGAGGAGACAUCUCUGCUGUGGCAGAUUCCGACUGGCAGACAAUUCAGAUUGGAGCAAGACAGCAACCAACAUUAUAAAGAAGAGUUCCGAUAAUCUUGGGAAAUCCUUAUCCUCUAGUUCCAUCGGCUCCAAUUCAACCUACUUAACAUCCAAAUCAAAAUCUACCGCAAAUACAUAUUUGAAACGAAACAGCCAUACAGAAAAUAUUUUUGUUGACAAGCCAUCUUCAAAAUUUACCCAAGAGGAUGGAGAACAGACAUCAAUCAUCCCUGUCCAUCAGGUUAUUGACAAGGUCAAGGGAUACUGCAAUGCUCACUCUGACAACUUCUAUAAAAAUAUAAUCAUGUCUGACACAUUUAGUCACAGCACAAAGUUCUAAAUGGGCUUCCAAUUUUUUCAACCAAAGCAAGACAACGAAUCUGCAUGGAAUUCAGGAUAAUGAAGGAGAGGUCCAUCUGUCAUAUAAUGUGACCUGUUUAGUUAUUUUUCCCAGUUUAUAAUGUUAUCCUAAUAACAGCUUGCAUCUGAGGACCAAUUUCUCUACCCUUUUACUGUUUGGAAAAGGACAAUUUUCCACCAUGAUAUUGAGCUGUUUUGAAAUGAGUGUCAGCCAACAUGAUACCUGGACAGCUAAUUGCAAUUCUGUGUAAACAUUUUUAAGACUGAAGAAGAGCCAAAAGCCUAACUCUAAAUUAUAUAGUCCAAACAGAAGCAAGUCUUGACUGUUGGAGAAAAUAGCAGACAUCCUGCAGUACAAGCUAACUCUUUCUGAACAGUUUACUGAUGGUCUUUUUCUUUUGAAGAAAAUGGAUUUUCCUACUGCACUUGUUAAAAUUCUUGCUUCUUGACUGUCCAGUGCUGCCUGUUCUUUUUUGUAAGUGAGUAAAACCCUAACACCAGUGUUAAAGGGUAAUUUUAAACAAAUUUUGACUAAACAGACCUAAUCAUGCAAAUCUUGCUUACUGAAACUGUAUGUGCUGUAAAUUCAGGCUGUUUUGUAUUUGUUUGCAUAGAUGUGCUGGCUAAGAAGGAUGUGCAGGUUGCUAAUAACUCUUUUGCAAAUUUUAUGCCCAUCUUAUGUAUGGAAACAGUGGUAGGUGUCAUUUGGAUUGGUGCAGAACAAGCAAACAGGUAAAUCCAAAGUUUACAAAAAGUCAUGUUUCAACAUUCAUUGAUCAGUACGUAGGAAAGGUGGCAUCUCUCAUUGCAACACUAAUUAUACAUUGUCAUUGCCAAUGUGUGCAAUCCCAUGUUUAAUGCUCCUCUUCACUAAAUGAGAUAGAAGACAUUCACCUAUGUAUAGAUAUAUAAAUAUACACCUAAAUCUCUCUCCACACAUACUUUUAUAAUAAUGCACACGGUAAAUAUUACAGAGGAAAGCACAAUGUGUAGCACAGACAAUCUCAGAACAAUGAAUGUAUUAGAUACAAGAUGCACACUUUUUAAGCCCAUGGGCGCAUUUGUCACUUUCUGUACGUCCAAUAUGUUGUACGUGUAGCUACUGCCCUUGAAUAGCAUUGCAACAUGAGAAGAAUCUGGGGAUUGCAGUACAUUUCCUGGUGAUGAAUAAAUGACAUCUUUCUUGGCAUUGCUAGUAUCAAUAUUACCAUCUCGCUCCUGCACCCCAAUUAACUGCCUAGAUCAAGAUUGUUGAAGGCACAGUGUCAAACAGUGUUCAGGCAACAUUAAUGAAUUUUGCUUUACUAUACUCUGUGCGUAACUACACAGAGUUUUGUGUGUGUGCAGAGGGCAGACAAGAAUGUAAAAUGCUUGUUUGUUUUGAUAUCUAUAAGUUUAUGAGACAUUAGCACACAACCAUGUCUGCCAAAAGUGCAUCUCUCAUGUAGUAUGUCUCGCCACAUGCCAGGCUUUAUAAAAAUUUUAGCUGCACAUGUCAAUGAAAGCAUGAGCCAAAAAAUCAAAGGUAUUUUUGAAUAUUUUUGUUAGAGAAUAAUGUCUCCUAAUGGAAAUUUUCAUCUUUCAAAAAGGCCAUUUUCCACCAAAGUAUUUUUAGCCAAAUAUUUGAUUAGUUCUGUUCGGAAGGUGGCCAGAAAGUUGUGCUAUGAGAUUUUCAGUUGCCAAGCAGGUGGAUGUUCAGUGAUUCUGGAGGUGGAUUUGUGCCUUUCUCUGCUCUUUGCAUGCACUUUUGUGUGCAGAGAUCAUUUAAUGCUGUGACCGCACAAAUGGAGUAUUUUCCCUGGCUACAAACACCUUGUUUGCUGAAGGAGAGGAGUAUGUUCUUAUUGUAUUCCAUCCAGAAACACUGCGGUUGCCACAAAUACCUUUAAUGAAACCUCAGUGUCAUAACUGCAAAUACUUAUAUGAUGGUAUGAAUGAGAGUCAGCCCUGUUUACUUCAAAUGCACUUAUUAACGGGGAUGAAUAUUGUCAGAUAUCUUUAAUAAGGGGAAAAAAUAGGGAGAGAUUAUGUACCAGGAUUUACUGGAUUUAAUAUUUUAUCAUCCCACUUGCUUAACUACUGUAGAUAAUAGUGUUCACAUAGCAGCUUACUGUGAGAUUUCUACCUGAUUAAGGUGUUUAGAAGUGAAGAGAAGGAAAAACCAAACAUUCCUGAAAAUGAGGAAUUAGUAAAACAUAAUAAAUCAGUAAAUAUAAAUAAAAAGCAAACACAGUAUCUUGACUGAAGCAAGGCUGUUAGCUAACUAUCAGUUUAAUGUACAGCUACCUAUAUUUUUGCUGAAUUAAGAUUUUUUUCUUUUUUUUACUACCAUGUAGUAAUCUUAAACUGUCUAUGUCAGUUAGAUGCUCUUGAAGGCUCUCAGUUCUCCAAUGUAAAGCUUCUACUUUGUAGUUGACAUGCUGUAACCUCCCUUGUAUAUAUUUAUUUAUUUUUGAGGUUAAAUAUGUCAAAAUAUAUUUAGCUCUAUAAUGUCUGUUCUUGUUACUUUAAAAGUAAGCUUCUCCUUCAUCAUAGAAGAAGAGGGAAAGAAUAAUUGCUUAUAUAUGCUUUUUCCAAACACCUUGUGAAACAAUUUACUGUAGUUCUUUUACAAGUAUGAGGAAACAUGUCAGUGUAAUUUGUAAUACUAGUCAGUAGAAUAUAGUGUAACAGAUUUAAAGAUGGACUAAAGUGGAAAGAACCAUUUUCAAAUAAACAUUCUUGAUGUUAGCAUUCCAAAUAAUUAAAGUCUUUUAAUAGUGAAUGGUUGAUUUUUUUUCUUUUUUAAUGUUCUAUGGCAAAAAUUACUUAGUGGAAAUCUGGAAAAUAAUCUUGUGUUUAUUAAGUAUGUGAGACAGGUACGUGCAUAGCCAAAACGUUGGAAAUAAAUGUGCAAGACUUAA